GCGGUAGUGUUUCCGGUGCGUGGUGCACACGUGGGUUGUUGUGGCGAUGUCGGAUCAGGAGAGCAGCGCUCUGAGCGGCCUGCGGCUCGCGUCGCACGCCCCGCUGGAUGCCGCGCAGCGCGUCGGCCGGAGGAAGUGCUCGCGUUGCGGUGCGUCGCGCAUGUUCUACUGCUACAGCUGCUGCGCGCUGGUCGGGCUGGAGACGCGGGACGUUCCGAGCGUCGAGCUGCCGGUGAAGAUCGACAUCAUCAAACACCCCAACGAAACGGACGGGAAGAGCACGGCGGUGCAGGCCAAACUGCUGGCGCCGCGAGACAUCACCAUCUACACCUACCCCUGCAUCCCUGAGCUGGACCAGAGCGCAGAGAACAUCGUGCUGGUGUUUCCCGGUCCCGACGCCAUGACGGUGGAGGAACUGUGGGAGCAUUUCUCCGCCGACGGGAAGCCGAGAGUGAAGAGGUUAAAGGUGACCGACGCAGAUCCCGAGACGCACAGCUGCCCGAUCCAGAGAGUGGUGUUCAUCGACAGCACCUGGAACCAGACCACCAGAAUCAUCACAGACGAACGUCUUCAAGCGUUACCGAAUGUGGAGCUGAAGAGCAGAAGAACCUGUUUUUGGCGGCACCAGAAAGGCUGUCCAGACACGUACCUGGCCACAAUAGAGGCCGUUUACUACUUUCUGAAGGACCUGCACAGCCACUAUUUCUCCGAGUACACGGGAGAAUACGAUAACAUGCUGUUCUUCUUCUCAUUCCUGCAUAAACUGAUCAACAAAGCCAAACAGGCUGCUGGGAAAGUGUGACGAGAACGUCAAAACGUCAGUCACGUGCGUUUUAUUUGAAAGCUGAAUGCAAUCUGUCACAGUGAGAUUUAAAUAGUUUUAUUUACAAGUCAAAAGCCGCAUGCAUUCACUGAUUGGCUUCUUGUUUUUAAGCCACUUUAAUGUGUAAUAAAGCGUGUUCUUGUG